AUGGAGACGAAACCGUUGGGAGGAAAACAGCGAUGCCACACCCUGGACACCCUGGACACCCUGGACAUCCUGGACACCCUGACCAUCCUGGACAUCCUGGACACCCGGGACACCCUGGACAUCCUGGACAUCCUGGACACCCGGGACAGCCUGGACACCCCGGACACCCCGGACAUCCCGGUCACCCUGACCACCCUGGACAUCCUGGACACCCUGGACAACCUGCACCACAUGAGUUCGGAUCUCGCCAAUCAGAGGCACCGUCUGCAACCAUUGGCUGAUUUGAUCAUCGUGAGCUGUGUGGCCGCCGCGGGAUGCGGCCACGUGCCUCAGCGCGUGCUUGCGAUCCACUGGAAGCCUGCCACCAAGGCGGACAACUUCCUCAACACGUGCGUUACCAUCGUGGCCGUGCUCAUCGUGGUCACGCUAAUCGUCAUGGGAUUCAUCCUGCUCAAGUGCUUCAGCAUUCAGGAAGUCUGCAACAGGACGAUAACUGCCUACGGCGACAUGAACACUUCACUGUCUUGUGAAAGCGACGAAUGCAAGGCAUACGCGUUGACGAUGCGGGCCUCAAAGCUGGACUUCCAGGAGGCCUGCGAGGACUUCUACGAGCACGUGUGCGGCGGCUGGACCCGCACGGCCAAGGUGGCGCCCGACGAGGUCUUCAAGAGCGUCGCCAGGGACAUGCGACGAGCCGUUGAGGACCAAAUCUCCGAGAUACUGAACAACACCGUGAUAUCGUACCGAGACCAGACGGCGGCCCAGAAGGCUGCUGCGCUCUACCAAGGCUGCAUCAACAUAGACCUGCGCAACAGCAAGGGCACCAAGCCCCUGGAAGACUUGCUGGCACGGUACGAGCUUGCGCACUGGCCCAUCGUGAACCGGACGCAGCAGUUCCGCACCUUCCACCUGCUGGGCAACGCCAUCCGAGAGUUGCGUCUGGACGCCCUCGUAUCGGUCACCGCGCACCUCGACUACCACAACAGCGAGCGCUACAUCCUUUACAUUGGGCAGCCCUCGUUCGGCGUCGAGACCCUGGUGCUGCGAGGCCGUUACCGGACUCCCUUCUUCCGCAUACUGCACCGGUACAAGCUGUACAUCUACCGAUGCGCCCUGCUGCUCGGCGCCAACGUGGCCGCUGCCGACAUCGUCAACGACAUCGUCAACUUCGAGGCCAAGCUCGCCUACGUGAGUAUAUGGCACUGCGUGCACAUGCGGAGCGAAAUCCGUGGGUAUUCCAAUAGCUCGGAUCGACGUACAUACCGCGACCUCGUAGAUGAAAUACUGCUGGAGGUCUGA